CCGGAAGUUAUAAUCGUUUAACGUCUUCUGGUUAUAAUUAUGUCGGUUACUAGUAGAGCUACAUUAAUAUCGUUGUCCCGCAUUCAGGGGACACUUUUAGGAGCUCUUCUUGGUGACUGCAUGGGUGGUCACUUCGAAGGUAGAGAACGUGUAAAUGUAGAGGACGUUGUCCAGCGAACGAGAGCUAUGGAGCAGAGAGAACAAUUUGGAGGUAGAAGGAACAAAAUUUCAGAAAUAUUGCAGUACUCUGAUGAUACAGCAAUGACUCGAUCUGUGGUACAGUCACUGCUGACUAAACCAGAGUUUGAUGAGGCAGAUAUGGCACAGAGGUUUGCCUAUGAAUUCUCUAAAGAACCAGACCGUGGAUAUGGAAUGGGUGCUGCUUGUGUACUGAAAAAACUCCUGAGCCCUAAAUGCACUGAUGUUUAUCAGCCAGCACGAGAGCAAUUUGAUGGGAAAGGCUCUUAUGGGAAUGGAGGGGCAAUGAGAGUUUCACCCAUUGCUCUUGCGUAUUCUGACAUUGUAAAGGUCAAAAAGUUUGCAAGAAGAAGUGCUGAGCUGACCCAUGCUUCCUCACUGGGGUACAACGGUGCAAUCCUGCAGGCCCUGGCUGUUCAUUUUGCCUUACAAGGAGAACUUGAACGAGAUAAGUUUUUGGACAUGUUAAUCACUGAAAUGAAACAAGUUGAAGGAGAUGAGAAAUCCCUUGCUGAUGCAAGAGAGUUAAAAGAAGAAGAUUAUCCUUUUUCUUGCCGUCUAAAGAAGAUAAAAGAACUUCUUGGAAAAAGAGAAAUUUCACGAGACGAUAUAGUGAAUAAGCUUGGGAAUGGAAUAGCUGCCCUUGAAUCUGUUCCAACUGCAAUUUAUUCCUUUCUACACUGCAUGGAGUUAGAUCCAGAAAUCCCUGAACAGUACAACAACUUUGAGAGAACAAUCCUCUACAGUAUCUCAUUGGGUGGAGACACAGAUACAAUAGCUACAAUGGCAGGAGCUAUUGCAGGUGCUUAUUAUGGAAUAGAUCAGAUACCACAAACAUGGAUUCAGAACUGUGAAGCCUCUCAAGAGAUUGAGCAACAGGCAGACAAAAUCUAUGAAUUACUUAAAAAACAGGAUUCCUCUGCUUCAAUCUAGUACUGAAUUCAAAGCUGGGAAUUGGAGAUAAAAUGCUAAUCCUUGAGAAAUCCAUUUAAGAGUUUGCCAAAUUAAAGGCUAUGUAUUAGACCCUUAUUUUUUUUCGGCUACAUUUUCCCAGUUUGGCUGUCAAGUGGAGUUUUCCAUCAUUAAGUUAGUGAGAUUUAGAGGUCUGCAAGGAAAACAUUAGCACUGGCAUAAUUUGAGUUUUGUAGUGGUACUGCUGUGUGUCCUCCGAAAGCUGUCUUGAAAUUUCAGUCUCAUUUCCAGUUCAGCCAGCUGAAAACAUAAACUAAAAUCAGGUCAAGCGAUAGACUAAAUGAAUCACUGACUUGUGGGAUUUUGGUCUUGAACUUGUGUUUAUAGUGUGUACCAUGGGCCACAUUAAACAGUUUAAUUCCUUUAACUCUGUAAAGUGUGCCUCAGUUAUAGUGCAUGAAAGUCUGAAAAAGUUUCAAGUUUUGUCCCUUAUGAUAGCACUUUCAAGGGGAAGUCAAUUUCAGAAAAGUAUAUCAAAUACUUUUGAGUGAGUCAUGGUAGCGAAGACCAUGUUCUAGUCUGUUUUGAAGCACUUCUGUUUUGCUUUAUAUUCAAACUAAGCUAAGAGUCUUGUUGAAUUAAGACAGGCCAGUGUUGCACAGACUAAUGUACUGGGUGGGUACAACAUCAUGAGGAGGAGCCGCCUUCCUUAACAAAGAGGUGGCAUGUAUUAUAGUCUCUUGAGUAUAGAGAGAAAGUAUGACUGAAAGUGAGAUCAAUUCUUAGCUGUGGCAGUGCUGACUGCUGCUGCCACUACAGUUGGAGAAGCAGCAGUUUUCCGAGUGGCUUACUUCAGAGUCGUAUUCCAGGAAUUUGACUUUUGCUUUUUUCCCCAAGAUCAUUCAUUUAAACUGUAUUAAAUUUGGCAGUCUGAGCACUAAUUUGGUAAGCCUUUUAAAUGAAAAUUGUGUGUAUAUGUUUAUGUAUAUUAUAUACAUAUAUAUGUAUAUGUGUAAACAUUUUAGCAUUAUCAAUUCUAUUUACAGACUGCAGUGGAGUUUUGAGUAAGAACUUGCAUCACAUUGAGGGCAAAUUAAUGGCAAUUUAGUGUUUAUUAGAGCUAAUUCUCUGAGGUGAUGUUUUAGCAUCUUAUGUCAGUAUUCAGAAAUUUUGCACAGUCUUUGAUGUAUCAUUGCCUGCUGUUGAGGGAUGCUCUUUUAAGUUGAGUGUGAAUCACUGCAACAGUGUUAACCAGAGUGGGCUGUUUGGAAAGGUUAUGUUUGUAACUAGGUACUUGAAAUGUAUGAAGUUACUUUUGGAGUUGUGGUGGUUAAAGUUUGCCAGAAAAGAAUGUUUGCUUCAAUUUUUUUCUUCGUUUUUCUUAAAGAAGCUUUUUGAUUAAAAAAAUGCAAAUUCU